UUAACUGGAAUAAGCUGUUUGACUGUCAGUCCAAGUCCAACAGGGGAAAAAAUGCCAUCACAUACUUGAUAGAAAAGGAAAUGAUUUACAAAGCUGAGUCAUCAUUCUUUUUGAUUUGUUUUGUCAUCAUUACCGGCACUGUGUUCUACACAAAUAUACAGUUUGUGAUAUGGCUGUGUUGUGAUAUCUUAAAUACAGCUGUCAAUUACAAACCACUGUCAAAUCUGAGAAAUGACUGCUGUUGGAUGUCUGAGUCACAGUUUUUUCCAAACACAGUGAGUGGGAUGUUUGCAUAUGAACCCUUUAUCAAACACUGAACUGAGGACCUUGUUCAGAUAAAUAUCCCACAGAGUCGAUCAUCUCUUCAUUCUCCAAGAAGACAAGACCGCACUGGUGGCCAAAGCAACAUGGCUCCUUCACUUCUUGCAACAGCAGGAGGACUUCUGUUACUUUUCUCCUUCUCAUCAGCACAAAUCAGAGGAGACAACCUUGCAACAUGCACCCAAAAUGACGGCUUCGGAAAGUACUGUCCUACUACAUGUGGAGUGACUGAUUACCUGCUGAGGUAUAUGCCAGGGGUGAACAAGGAUUUGGACAAUUUGCAACGGGAACUUGAAACAAUUGCCAAUUUGACUCAGGGGGCCGAACUAACUGUUGUCUACAUGAAAGAUUCUGCUACUUCAGCUCAAAAGAGUUCCCCAUCAGACACUUACUUCAAAAAGUCAUCUAGUAUUCUAGAUGAUGUUGUCCGAUUUGAAAAGACCAUCAUCACACAGGAACAGCAAAUAUUUGAACUUCAGAAUUUAAUUUCGGCCAACGAGAGGAGAAUGGCAGACCUGAAACAACUCUCCAUUCAGCUGCAACAGAAAUGCAGUGAGCCCUGCAAAGACACGGUUGAGAUCCAGCCUACCACAGGGACAGACUGCCAGGAUAUUGCAAACAAAGGUGCCACCACCAGUGGCCUUUAUUUUGUGAAGCCAGUGAAAGCCACUGAGCAGUUCCUGGUCUAUUGUGAGAUUGAUGGCUUUGGACGCGGCUUCACAGUAUUACAGAGGAGACGCGAUGGAAGCGUGGACUUCAACAAGGACUGGAUCCAGUAUAAGGAGGGCUUUGGUUAUCUCUCACCAGAUGACACCACAGAGUUCUGGCUCGGCUUAGAGAAGAUGCAUCUGCUGACUGCCACUUCGACCAUCCCAACAGUGCUGAGGAUAGAGCUUGUUGACUGGGAGGGAAACAAAAGGUAUGCCGACUACACUAUGUUCAGAGUUGGACCAGAGAUUGACAUGUACCGUCUAGCAUAUGGCUUCUACUUCGGCGGUGAUGCUGGAGAUGCUUUCGAUGGCUUUUCCUUUAGUGAUGAGCCAAGUGACAAGUUCUUUACGUCUCACAAUGGCAUGCAGUUCAGUACCUUCGACAAGGACAAUGACAAGUAUGAAGGCAACUGUGCUCAGCAGGACGGCUCUGGCUGGUGGAUGAACAGAUGUCAUGCUGCACAUUUGAAUGGCAAAUACUACCAGGGUGGCAGGUACACAGAGAAGGAUGCAGGUGAAUUUGGAUUUGACAACGGCAUUAUUUGGGUCACAUGGCACAACCGCUGGUACUCGCUGAAAGAGACCACCAUGAAGAUCAUUCCCCUCAGUCGCAUCACAGCAGGCGGUGGACAGCAGGCUGGGGCGAAACAGUUUGGCGGACUUGGAGAUAUAUAAAAAGUAGACUAAUAUGCUUGUGGUCUGAUUAGGCUGCAGUUAAGGUGUUCAGCACAACAGCACUGAAACCGCCUUAAAUGAAAUAUCAUGCCUCCAUGGAAAAUGUAUUGUCGUUCAUGUUUUGCUGAUCUAACCCAGCAGGAUACUGAUGUUCACACUUUUCCUUUUCUUCUUCAGCAUUGCUUUGAGCACUAAAUAAAUGUGUUUUCAGAAUCAGAAUAGAAUCAGAAAUACUUUAUUGAUCCCCGAGGGGAAACUCAUUCGUUACAGCUGCUCACAAUUCCAUUUCACUAUUUCUUAACCAAAUAUGGUUUUUCAUUACUUCAUGAUUGGACAGUCUUAGUUUGGACAGAAUGGCUGCCAGCCUGGAGACACAAUCUACUUAAGUCUAUAUGGCAAGUAGCUGUUUUGUAAAACAAUGUGGAGAUGAAAAAUAAAAUAAUCAAAAACACAAAAAAAAAUGAUUUGUGUCUGAAAUGACUGCAAAAAAUGUAAAUGUUUUGUCAUAGAACACCGAGUGACCAGACAUAUACACUUGUGUGUAAUGCAAUGCAAUAAAUACAAAAUUUGAAAUAAAUACCAUCUUAAGUGUAAA